AUGGAAAGAGUUAGGUGUAAAAAUUCAAAAUCUGGUAUUCGACAGAAUUAUUUUACUUAUGAUGGUAAUAAUGUGUUUAUUAUGCCAGAUGUAUGUAAUUUGAUUAAAAAUUUAAAAAGUACUGCAUUAAGGAGCUCAAUUAAAUUACCUAAAGAAUACUGUGAAGCAAAAGGUCUACCUACAGAAUAUGUGCAUUGUAAGUUUGUGGCAGACUUGUGGAAUAUUGAACAGCGGAAGGAUUCAAAUAGAGAUGAAGAAUUUCGCUUACUGCAUCAUUUAAAAAGAGAAGACAUAUAUCCAAAUAAUUUUCAAAAAAUGAAUGUAGGGUCAGCCGUUCGAUUUUUCUCUUUGAAAACUGCAGCUGCUGUGGAAACUGCUGUAAACUGUAACUUGUUACCUAAAGAUGCACUAACCACUGCUCAUUUUAUUCGGUUAAUCGAUGAAUGGUUUACGUUAACAUCAAGCAAAUUACGGGAAACAUCAAUAACAAAAAGAAACAAGGAAAAAAUAUGA